UCUCCGAUAUAUACGUAACUACCAAAAAUUAUUUUAUACCGUAUUACAGUAUAUUGUAUUCAGACAACAGACUUUUAAUUUUUUAAUAUUUUAAUAAAAUUAUACAUAUUAAGAAUUUUCAAAAUGAUUUGCGAACCGAAUCUAAAUUUACCUCAGUCAAUUGAAUUAGAAUCUCUAAAGAAGGCCACUGAAACCCUUACAGCUGGACUUGGGAAAACAAGUUUAGAUCAAACAAACCUUAAUCGUGAAGUGUUAUAUGAACAAAAGGAUUACGAUCUCCUACCAUUAUUCAAAGAUCAAUUUCAACAUUUAAAUCAUACUUUAUCGUUGCGCUUGAAUGAUUAUUUGGCCUGUCGUUGGAAUACAUUCUUAGAUAAUGUACCGGAAAAUUACAUACGCAUCCGUUUAUAUGUAGACUUUAAAAAAUCGCUGAAAACUUAUGUGGUAAGACGCAAAUUAUUAAAUGGAAAUUUUUAUGGCAUUGAUAAUAAACUUGCACCAACACCUCAGUUGAAGGAUCCCAGGAGUUUUACGAAAAAAGAUAAUCAAAAGAUGUGAAGUGGUUAUUUCGAAAUGAACAUACAUAAAUAAAAUUUAAUUUUUCAAUUAAUUUACUUUAUAUUAGAUAUAUCUAUAGAACUUUUGAAAACAUUUUCUAUAUUAAACAUAAAUGCAGUCCUU